CUCGUUAGUGCGGGAGUCCUUAAUCUAAGACAUUAUUGUGAAGUUAAUAAUAAGGUUAUUUCGUUGGUAGAUGUUUUGAAAAUUUUUUAACAAAUUAUGGAUAACCCACAUCAAGCAGAGUUGGAAAGACAAGUUAUUGAGCUGAAAGAAUGGGUUGCCAAACAACCAAACGUCGCUAAAGAUAUGGAUGAUAAACUACUAAGAAGGUUCCUACACAGCUGUUACUACGACACACAAAAAGCUCAGAAAGCCUUGGAAGCAUUUUCAACCCAACGCGCUGACGCUGCUGAGCUUUUUGGAGAUCGAGACCCGUUAGGAUCUCGAGUGAAGCAAGCGUUUAAGUGGAUAACCCUAGCAUUCAUUCCAAUAUCAGGCAACAGACGGCUCUGGAUCUUCCAAGUCAAUGACCCAGGUUUCCAAAAGUUUGACCAUCUUGAAUUCAACCGCCUUCUUCUGCUGGCCUUUGAUGCGUGGUUACUUGAAGAGACCAGUUUGCAAGAGGAAGAUUUGACUCUUUUUGACGCCAAAGAUAUAGGCUGGAAGAUUUUCUGGAGGAUACAUCUAUCUAUACAGAAGAAAACUAUCAACUAUCAGGAGGAAGCGAUGCCAAUCCGGAUAAAGCAGAUGCACAUGAUAAAUGCGCCAUCAUUCUUGGACAAAUUAUUUUCAUUACUAAAACCAUUUAUGAGCAAGGAAAUGAGUGAAGUAAUUCAUUUCCACGCGCCAAAAUCAGACACUCUGUUUGAGUAUUUCAGUAAGGACGACCUACCCAAAGAGUUUGGCGGCAACCUUGCCAGUUUAGAAACCUACAACAAAGAAAUUAUUGACCUAAUCCACAAACACAGUGACACAUUAAAAAAUAAUGACUUGUGGAAAACUCCAAAGAAAUAAUCCACGAACUUGACUGUCAUGAAUACUCGGACAUCGAAGGAAGGUGACAAGCAAAGAAAGCAACACUCUUAAUCAAGCGUAAAUUAUUUAUUAUAACUUUGUUAGAUAUCGACUAGAAUCUUCAUAAUUAAAUCAUCAGAAUUCUA